CGAAAUCAUUUGCAAGGCCUGGAAGGCUCCGACAAGGAAUAUCAGAGCGCCUCAAAGAACAACACAGUUGCGAUUCCCUGCAACGACGAAUGCAUCGUGCGAGGUUUUGGAAUGCGGUUGGUCGAUGAGCGCUUACAGCUACUAGUAGAUGGGGAUGGAGCAAUACAAGAUGCUGCUGAGAGGGAUGAAGAAGAUGGCAGUCGAAGAAGCUUGGAAGAGUCCCUUAUGAAGAAGGACAAGGACGAAGAAGAUGGUACUAGAAGAAGUCAAGGAGAGCCUCAGAAGUCAUCAAGUCUGAAAGGCUGGAAGUCAAGGCUGGAAGUAGAAGAGUCUGAAAGUGCGCGUGACCACGACGCAGAGGAGCGAUUCAUGUGUCAAUUUCUGAGCGCGCAUCACUCGAGCAUGCUUGCCACACUGUUUUUGUUGAAAUUGCGGCUGCAUCCGAAGCUUGGUCCCGGAGCUAGCUUUUUCGACAAAUUUGACCGAGCCGCUGGUCUAUCAGCCGCUUUUCAUGUUGCAGCUACAAGAAAUGCGAAGAUGUUUACAAGUACAACAUCAGGACGAAGAGGUAUUACUAGGCGACUUGUACUGGCAAAGGACGAAUUAGGUGCUGGAGGUAUCAGGAAUACUAGUACGGAAGACAGUUAAGGCUUACUUUAGUCCAUCUUUGUAGCCAUCCUUCCUGGAGAGGCUUUUCAAAGGGAACGAUUGUGACCCAGGAUGGGCCUCAAGAUGGAUUCGGACUAGGUCUAAGAAAAACAUCAACGCAACAACUUUCCUGCACAUGACUUGUGGAACAUUUUUUUCGACCUAUUGCCGUGUCGUGAAUUCCUGUUGAGUCACACGUCUAGCUUCUUCCUCUCGCCCUUGUCGCUGUUGCUAGAUGACUUCUUGCUAUCCAGUGUAGUUGGCGUGGAUUCUGCACUUGACUCUGGUUACCAAUCUUCUUUUGAUAGAAGACGGGAGGAUGAACAAGAACGUCUCGGGAAAGAACAAGAUGACAGGGUUACCAACGGCAAAGUCCUAGAAGUGAGCCCGAAGACAACUUCUGCGACGGGAAAAGAGCAAGAAGGUGUCGCUGAGAAGAUGACCACUACAACGGGAGGAGAAGAUGGUGUAGUACAUGUAGAAACGUCGCAAGAGCACGACGACGAUCGAGAAGGACGAGGCUUUUACUUUUUUUCUCACGUUGUGCCGGGCCGCAACCUAGAGUCUGACUCGAGACGCAGUAAGGACUCUGCUCGCUGUGUUUUUCAUCCGGAUUGGGACCUGGUUGAGAAGUAUUUUCCGAUUAGAGAACAGAGUAUGACUCAAGAAGAUGAAGAAACCACUCAUCAACAAGACCUGACCUUCAUCGAGCUCGGUGGUCAUCAGGGCGAUUGCGUUCUCCCUUGGGUCCUCAGUGGUCGUGCUACGCAAGGCUUGUUUAUCGACGCUCAUAAACCAGCGGUCGCAGCGUUUCAACGCACUGUCGAAAGCCUACAUCUACCGAUAAAAGCCGUGUCGAGGUUCCUUUCGAUGAAGACGCCAACUACUAGUAGUCUUGAGCAGAAGAACAAGUACCACUCUGAGAACACCAGUGAAGGCGGUCAAAAAAAUGGUGAUACGGCGUCAGCGCCUCCGGCGUCUCCCCGCUUUCGUCUCCAAUCUGGCAGUGCUGGUUCAUCCUUGUCUAUCAAUGCUUUCCAUACUGCAGCUUUUCUUCGCGACGACUCGUGUAAUGAAAGCGAUGCAGCUUGCGUUCAGUUUUCCUUAUGAUUGGGGCUGACAGAGAUGGGCAGUAUAAUAGACGUCAUGCAGGUUGGUCUCCCGCGCCGCAAAUAGUCGAGACCGGGCCGCCCUUUGUAUGACUGUGCAGCGUUCGCGUCCGUCCUUUUUUGGAUGAGCUGCCGAGGGGGGUGAAGGCGGAGACCCCAGGCAGCGCAGCAUGGCUUGCCAGGCAGCGAUCGCGAGACGGCGGCGGCUGGGGCUUUGAAAACAGUGGGGCGCGAGUGGCGGGGGCGCCCCCCAGCAGCAGAGGCAGGGGGGCCAUUAAUGGGAUGCCUGUAAAGGCGAAAAAGCAAGGGGGCGUGCGCUGCUGAAAGGAGAAAACCCAGGCACGCCCUGUGUAUGAGGCGGGCGGGCCUGGUCGGCUGCUUGUGAUUGUUUGGGCACAGGAGAAGCGGGCGGCGCUUCGCUUGGCUGGGGGGCCCCGCUGCCCGUAUGCCGUGCGCGUGUCGGUCACCCACGCUGCGCCGCAGUGGGUGAACAGCUUGGUGCGGUCCUCGGAAGCCGUGGGGGAACGAAGGGGUCGAGAGAAAGAAUCAAAGACGGAAGCGCCCCCGUGGCGCUGUGGUUGCUUGGGCUUGUCGCCAUUGUUGAGCCGUAUAGCUAAGACGCCCGCCCGUCGAAAUGCGUCAGGCCUCGGCAUGGGGAGACUGCUGGGGCAAAAAAGUGGCGCAGCGACGUGCUUUCCGGCUCCGAAAUGAUGGGGGAGGCCCUCAAGGUCGGCAGCUGAUCACGGUGAAGGGGUGACAGCGUAGCGCGGGCUUGGCCGCCUCUGGGGGUCAGGGGGCAUCGUGCUGCGCGGUCGAUGAUCUACCGCGCCGCAGUCCACGAAGGCGUGGCUGGAAGGAGAGCCCCAGCAAGCAGGGGCCACCAUCACGAGGACAGCGACGGGGCUGGUCUGCCCAGUAGAAUGGGCCCAGAGGCUCCCCGCCCUCCUGUGGCGGAUCUCCACCAGGUGCCUGCCUUGCUCCUCUUCUGAAGGGCGAGAAGUUGAAAAGCAUUACCUCAGCCGCUGCUCUGCCAGGAGGGCGGGCACCUUCUGGCGAAAGGCUUUGAGCAGAGCACCACUUACUUCGGCUGGUCAUCUUUGGGAACGUUAUGGGUGACGGACAGGAGACGCCGAGACGAACACUGGCGAGGUAGUUGCUCCUACAGAUCAGGGCCGGCAGCGUUCUCUUACUCGGGUAGUACAAUUACCCCGGCCCGCUGCUCUAAGAAAAACCGAGAAGCAACGCCGUGCGGAGGUGGGUGCUAGUGUGAGGCUCUAGCACCGCUGCAGCCAUUUCCCCGAGCACCAGGUCGCCACCGGCCAAGAGGUUCCGAGUCGACCCGAUUGGUGCCAGCAGCUUGAUUCAGGUGAAGCCUGACGUGGCUGGUGAAGCUGGUCUCCCUCUCCUGAACGCCGAGUACUACGCAGCUAACGCGGGCUGCGAUAUGCCGUCUGUACAACAUCGCGCAACCAUUCACGCGGGGCAGCGUCUUUGGCGUUCUUGUUGCUGGCUUGGAAUUGCAUUGGAUGAGACGCAAGAAGCCCGCACCGGGGGAACCGGCUCGGCUGGCAGUCGACGGGCCAGGAGCUCCCGCGGCUCUAACAGUGGGGCCACGGACGUCAAAAGUGCCACCAUGAAGACGGGGGGAUAUGGCCUCCGGCGUUCUCGCCCAGACAUCUGACGGCAAUGAAGUGGCCACGAAAGCAUGGGCUAGCAUGGUAUGGCGAAAGAUAGACACAGAAUUCGCAAAGAAUUCCGGAGCUUUCGCGGUAGAUCUCAGACGCCAGAAACCGGCUGGCGGUCGAAGGCUGGCCGCGGCGUGCAGGUGGAACGCGACCCGAGGCGGUCGCGCAAAACGUACCGCAAGCAAACGCCGAACAGCUUGCGGGGCCCAUGACUUGCAGAAAGACGGGGGAGCCCUCGCGCCUUCGCUUGAUUCUGCGGGCUGAGUUGCUACGUACGUAGUGCCUUUUGGUCGCUUGUCCCCCUCUAACGCCUUGGGGGUCUCGCUGUCGCAGACCUUGGCUCUUUUGAGGUUGAGACGCCCAGCAAAAGUUGUGAAGUCUGAGGGGUGUACAUGUAGCAGACGAAGAAGAAAGCACAGAGGGCCCACGGCGGCGAUGUGCGGCGAGGAAGGGCGCCCAAGCAAAGCCACGGCGCUCGCGUAGGCUUUCGUCCUUUCUUGAGGGGGACGGCCUUACGCUGCGCCUGGGGUAUGUAGGCCCGCAGCGUCGUGGGCUGCGCUGCUGAGCGGAUGCGGGGGGGGCCUUACAUGCAGGUGAGGCCAGGGAGAAGCUUGGAAAGGUUUGCCGUGGUAUGGUGGGACUGAGGGGGGAAGCAGGAACCAGGUGAAAGAACAGAGGGAGCGAGGCGGCCGGGCGGAAGUCCGGCAGCUGAUGCCCACAGGCCGGCAGGAGUUUGAAUAGCCAAGGGGCUGGCUGCGGGUGGUGAUCUGUGAAGGCUUCAGGCGCUGCUCUUUUCCCGGGGUUGUAAUCGAUGCCGCUGCGCCAAUGAAUGCUUUGGCUUUCGUUUUGUGUAUGUUUGUCGUGUGUGUAUCGAGUGCACCCAGAACCAGCGGCAGCCGCGUGGAGGUGGGCUGCGGUGUGUGCAGCACUGGGCGGAAUUGGAAGCCGUCGCCUUUUUUAGUUUCUUUCAGAUUCAGUGGCUUCUUUCUCGGGGUUUGCUUCGAUAGCCUUCGGGUGACGGCUGUCAGACAGGGCGUGUCGGUCUGUCACUGCUUUCCCCUUCUCUGUGAGUAUGUCAUUGCCUUCUAUCUUUGAUAUAAUUUGGCACGCGCGCUGUAGAUAUAUAUUGAUGCUCUUAGCAAACACGAAGAGCGCCCAUAUCCGGCAUGUUGAUGGAAGAAAGUUUUUGUAAAGAAUCUAAUAUCCACGGUGGAUGACGAGUUCGAUCAGUACAUCGCUGCGGAAGCAGACUCUGACGCAGCAACAAGAACACGCGACUGCGUUUUAUACGCACGCCUUGCGCGAAACGAGAUUGCAGCAUUGCUCGGCGCGAAAAAUUAUGACCAAGAACUACUACAUAAGUAGCUGUAAGUACUCGCGAUGAAUGUCCUAGGCAGGACACCUUAGGACUAUAUGAGUGCAUCGUUGACUAUAUACAUCAUGUCCAACACAGUAGUACUCACUGCAUUCACUAGCCCCAGCCUAACAUGAUAAACGGCAUAGGAAUAGCAUAAAAAACUUGACCGGUUCCCCAGCGCUGUCCGGUGAAUGAUAGCGUUGCAAGGAAUAAACACCCCGCUAGAAUAUUAAGCCUGAACGAAUUUACUAAGUGUUCGAGUACGCAGCUGGAGCUCAACAGACGUCAUGUCCAACACAGUAGUACUCACUGUAUUCACUAGCUCUAGAAGCUGUAGAUCGUUCACCCAGCCUCACAGCGAGUCGCGCCAAUGUGCCGUGAAUUAUCAGCAAAGCAUUUCCUCUUCCCUCUUGUCUUUACAACCACGUGCAAGCGCCUAAUGUGCCCCAGUGCCAAAACAAUUGUUCAAUUAUACUAUCCACCCUAGUGUUGAUGAUAAUAUUAUAACAGAGUAGUUUAUAGCACGCAUGGUGCAUGGAGUAGCAUGGAGGGCAUGGGGCGCAGAGCUUUAAGGGACGCAAGAAGCUCCCCCUUUAGCUCCAUGCUACUCCAUGUGAUCCAUGCUACUCCAUGCCUUGCGAGCUGUGAAACCUUAGAAAUUGCUCCGUUAUAAUGAGUGCGCUGUAGCUCCAUCUUCACACACAGCACAUUCGCCCAUAUUACAGCCGCUUCUAAGAAAUGACACUCGAGAAGUGCACCCUGGUGAUGCUAUCAGGCAUCCAUCAUGAAGACUACCUGUUGUUGCGAAAGCUGCUUUUCCGGUUUGGCUACCAUCAGAUCCGCGACGAUCGCGAGCCGGGCUUCACACGCAAAUAUUAUCGGAACACACUCUUUCUGAAUAGGAGACUUGUGCACAUCAAUUAGACUUGUACUAGAUAGUGUCAUGGAUCUUCGUGGAUUCGGACGGAAGAUGGGACGAACAGUAAUUUUUUUUCGGGACCUAAAUUACUGUCUGAGGAUACAACAAGAAUGAACAAUUUUUGUGGUCGGAAUGCGGAAGCGAGGACAUCAACAUGAGUUUAACGUUAUAAUCGCAUAGGCUUAAACAAGGAACUGCGUCGGCUUGCCGACGAUCACGUACGGUCAUUUGAGAAUGGAUAGUUAUGGACUGUUGGAGAGUGGAG